AUGACACUCGCUCUGCGGAACCUGCCGUCGUUGAAACUGGAUGUUGGUGCUUCUAUGUCACAACUUUCCGCGGGAAUGGCUCUGAGGAACAAUCCAAUGGACCAGCUUCAAGAUCACAAGCAGGGUAUUCCACUGCAUCAGGAAAUCUUGCUUCCUAUGGAGAAGGUCUACUGCGACCGAAGAGUAAGGGGCCUUGCUGGCCAGCAUUUUUAUCGCGUCCAAGGACGACCUUAUGCAUCCUGGGUCUUUGACAAACGAAUUAGAUCGGACAAAACAGUUGUUAUCAUGAUGCAGCCAGAGAGUCAAAUCCGGGUUGGGCUCUUCGCGUUCGAAACAAUCCGCAAAAUUGCCAUCCGAUCCAAGCCUGAUGUUGGCGACGAUACAAAGACAUCGUGGUCCGUGAAGGAGGGUGAGAUUAUUGUCUGUGACAUUGUGCGAGAAUCGCCACAUCCUUACGGUAAUGGACCCUUCCUGCGGCUUACGGACGGAAGUGGCUGGUUGUUUGUCAACAAGUAUGGCGAUGCCAUGAUGAGGGAAGUGCAGGUCGAACAAGGCGAAUGGACUUGUAAAGUCAGGAACUUGGGAAGCAGUGUUCUGUUGAGGAAACAGCCAACUUAUCGCAAAGGGAAGGCCUUCGAAGAUUCGUUUCAGCCCAACCAUGUGUUUCAGUGCGAUCGAAGGGUUCCAGCGUCGCGGAUAUCCAGCGCAUCCUUCUUUCGUGUCAAGGGUACACGGGGAUGGAUCUUUGACUACAACAAAGACGGUACAAAAAUACUGGAUCUCCUUUCUGGUGGACCAAGCAUUAAAGUCUGCGAAAACUUGCCGACAGACCCCGCUUGGUCAGUCCUAGACGUGCGGAUUUUGGCAGCUGCCAUACCCGCCAUUCACGAGAUUGAUCACAACUUUCAUAGUCGUGUGAUCUCAUUUAGUGAUCCGGAUGGAGGGAGAACAAACGUGUACUACACGACAAGGACCGUGGGCACAGCACUAAAUCAUCCAAAUCAAGGCAAAACACAGCUGUUUCGGCGCAACUGCACCAAAGAGGACCUAGCCGAGACUUUUGAGAAACCCUAGAGUGCACACGGGCCGAGGUUACUAUAGAUUAUCUAAGCGUCAGAAAGUACAAUCCUCAGGAGACGAGAUUGACGUAGAAGACGACUUGCGAGAUCGCUUGACAGAAGCAGACGACAAGAUAAGCAAGCUGAUGGAUAGGAAGAAGGAACUGUGCAAGUUGAUUGGUGUCCACCAAGCACGUCGCGCGAAACGCAACGCACAGAUGAAAGCACGACAAAAACAACACAAUUCUAGGCUUCGGCUAGAAAAAAAAAGACGGGAGGCGCUAGCUCAAGAAGCACUUGAAAGGGCAGAACUUACCUGCAACGUGUGUGGGAAAGAGUUUGGAAGUACUCAUGCUCGCAAUGAUCAUUUUGCAGCAGUACAUCGAACUUAUAACUGUGAUGUUUGUGGCAAGUUCUUCAAGAACCAGAAUGCGAUGAACCAACACAAGAAUGCGGUGGGGCAUUGGUAGGUUUUCGAGACAACGAUACAGAUGUACAUCCGAGGUUCCUCAGAAGGCGUGCCAUUGUUGGUUGGGUGGGAGUUCUUGGCAGGCUACUGCUAUCGCUAUCGAAGACUAAGACUUGCUAUUUUAAAAUAGAUACAUUGUGGAUGUUGGGCU